AUGUAUUCGGCGGUCCGCACCCACGACUACGACUAUCCCGAAUCUGAAAUGGACGAGCGGGAGAGUCUGUACUUCGACACCAUAUCGCUGGCGGAAUCGGAGGCGGCGGCUGCUGCGGCGGCACAUCGCAAGUCGAUCUCGCAGUCGCGCAACACCAUCUACCACUCGGCGGUCGAUCUGGCGGGCGAUGAGGGAGGAGUAGGAGGCGGAGGAGGAAGGUUGCGUUUGGGCGGCGGAGCAGCGGCCGAGCACGCGGCGCUGGCCUGGCAGCCAGGAUACCGCCAGUCCACAGCACUAGAGCACCUCAACGGCGGCGGUGGUGGUGAUCACACGGAUGCCGCUAUUGCCGCCCAAACGAUUGCCCUGCAAAACGGACGAAACCACCUGCCCACCGGGAUCGGUGUGACCGGAGAUGGAGGACAAGGAGGUGGUGACGAUGAGGUCUCUAGACGUCUGUUAAGAACUAGUAGCAACAUUUCUAAUAAAGAUAAGAAAUUGCCAAUAACAUACUCCCAGUGGAAAUCAAGGACAUACAGACGCUUCGACGAUGGCAAACGGAGCGUGGACUUUGUGCUGGCGUACAACGGAGAGACGCAGCUGGAGGAGCAUCGGCGCAAGUGCGAGAUCUUUGAGGCGAAUCUGCAGCGGGAGGGCUUACAGCUGGAGCACAACAAGGUGCAGCGCGUCCACUUCAUCAAGAUCCAUGCGCCGGCGGAGGUGCUGUAUCGCUAUGCGGAAAUACUGAAGAUCAAGGUGCCGCUCAAGCCGAUUCCCGGCCAGGAUCAAAUCUUCGCCGAAUCGGCGCACGAGUUCAAGACCUGCUUCAGUCGCAUGUGCAAAAGUCUCUUCAGCUCCGUCCAACUGAAUACAGCCCUGUUUCCGGAACGCGAACCGCGCAUCCAUCUGGAGUUUUCCCGCAACUACCUGGAGCUGUACGAUACAGAGCACCCGAACUUUCUUGACGCCAGCACCCGCUACUCCAUCAUCAAUUUCAUUCUGCAGCGCCAGCGUUUCGUGGAGGGCGAGGAGACGGCCGACAAUCUGGGCAUCGAGAAGCUCGUCCAGGAUGGCGUGUACACCUGCGCCUACACCUUGCAUGAUAAAGACGAUCGCGAUCGGCUGCUAAAGGAGUGGGCCAACAUAUCCAAGUGGAAGAACCUGCAACCACUGGACCAAAUCAAAGACUACUUUGGAGCAAAGGUGGCACUCUACUUUGCCUGGCUGGGAUUCUACACGCAAAUGCUAAUACCCAUUAGCGUAUUCGGCGUGCUCUGCUUCCUGUACGGCUUCAUCACGUGGAAUAGCGAUCCGAUUAGCCGGGACAUUUGCGACGACAAUGGAACGAUCAUGUGUCCACAGUGCGACCGCAGCUGCGAUUAUUGGCGACUGAACGAGACGUGUACCUCCUCCAAGUUCAACUAUCUGAUAGACAACAAUAUGACAGUGGUGUUUGCCUUUUCGAUGGCCAUUUGGGCAGUGGUUUAUCUGGAGUUCUGGAAACGCUACUCGGCGGGCCUGGUGCACCGCUGGGGACUGACUGGCUUUACCCACCACGUGGAGCACCCGCGUCCGCAAUACUUGGCCAGAAUAUCGCGCACCAAGAGACUGGCCGGAAAAGCAUAUGAGCAGGACCAGGCUGGCAAGCGGACCAUCUUGGAUCCGGAUGUACCCUUCUGGAGUUUCAAGUUCCUGCCAAACUUCACCAGCUAUAGCAUUAUGGUCUUGUUUAUUUGCAUAUCAGUCAUUGCCAUAGCGGGCAUAAUCAUCUAUAGAAUGGCACAGCGAGCAUCGCACAGCAUUUUGGGCAGCGAGAAUUCCAUGACCUUUAAGGUUAUGAUAUUGCCCAUGACGGCGGGCAUCAUUGACCUCAUAGUGAUCUCGCUGCUGGACAUGGUCUACUCGAGUUUGGCUGUGAAGCUAACCAACUACGAGUACUGUCGCACCCAGACGGAGUACGAUGAGAGCCUAACUAUCAAAAACUAUGUGUUCCAGUUCGUCAAUUACUACUCCUCGCUCUUCUACAUCGCCUUCCUCAAGGGCAAAUUCGUCGGCUAUCCGGCGAAGUACAAUCGCGUGCUGGGCUUUCGCCAGGAGGAGUGCAAUCCUGGCGGCUGCCUUAUGGAGCUCUGCAUGCAGUUGGUAAUCAUUAUGGCCGGCAAGCAGGCGGUCAAUGCCAUCGUGGAGAUGCUAAUCCCCUAUUUGAUGCGCACCUUCAAGGAGCUGAGCUACCGCCACGGCUGGUACAAGAGCCACCAGGACCAGCGUCUGGUGCCCUACAACCAGUUCACCGAGGACUACAAUCUACUGCCUGCCGAGAACAACUCGCUCUACGUGGAAUACCUCGAAAUGGUUGUGCAAUUCGGCUUCAUCACACUGUUUAGUCUUGCGUUUCCAUUGGCGCCGCUGCUGGCCCUGCUGAACAAUGUGAUUGAGGUGCGCCUGGACGCCAUAAAGAUGCUCCGCUUCCUGCGACGGCCAGUGGGAAUGCGAGCGCGCGACAUUGGCGUUUGGCACAGCAUCAUGACCGUCGUCACGCGGAUUGCCGUGGCCUCGAGUGCAAUGAUAAUCGCAUUUAGCACGAACCUCAUACCAAAAAUAGUGUAUGCCGCCUCCAUGGGUGAUCCCGAGCUGAACAACUAUCUGAACUUCACGCUGGCCGUGUUCAACACCAAGGACUUUCAGGUGCAGCCACUGCUCGGUGGCAGUCAGCAUGUGAACGAGACGGUGUGUCGCUACACGGAGUUCCGAAACUCGCCGGAAGAUCCGCAUCCCUAUAAACGCCCCAUGAUAUAUUGGAAGAUACUGACGGGUCGGCUGGCCUUCAUCGUCAUCUACCAGAACAUUAUCACCAUGCUGCAGGGCAUCCUGCGCUGGGCCGUGCCGGAUGUCUCUGGUCGCCUGCUGAAGCGCAUCAAGCGCGAGAACUUCCUGCUGCGGGAGCACAUUAUCGAGUACGAGAAACAGCACGCCAUGAAACUGGUGCAGACGGAACUCAAUGGGCAACAGAAGUCGGAAGGUGAACUGCGUCAGCGGAACAACGAAACGGUGAUCCGGAGUCGCGACGAAGCCACCUCGUUCGUGUAGGAAGCGGCGAAUGGAAGCUGCAUGUUCGUCAGAUCAUUCCUUGGUUUCCGCCCACCCCCAGAAACACGUAGUUAGCUAGACUUUUGUAUAUACCGACACGCGAAUAUCUAGGGAUUGUCGAUCUAUAGGGAUCGCAUGGAUGCAGUGCUUCGUACUUACGAUGAUUUUUGUACUGUGUUUGCAUUGGAAAUGCUCAACGAAUAUGGGGCAUCGGAGCCCCGAGUCAAGCAAUUGCAUUUUUAUAUACAUACACGAAUAGGAUUUUAUAUUGUUAGUUGAUUUCCCAAACGGAUCAUUGUAUUUUGUACAAUGAGUAACCCGAAUCAUCCAUCACCCGGUUGGAUCAACAGUAAGGCCAAGUCGCUUUAGCAGCACACAGAGAUGUACUGCAAUUCUAGGUAUAUGUAUUUGAAUAUUUUUAAAUUAUAUACACCACACCACACCACACUACACUACCAAACCACACCACACGUCCGAAGUGCAUUAACGAGGGGUAUUUAUGAUUUGGAAAGGGGGCAACUCCUGGUGGCCAUGUUGGAUCGAUCAUGAGCAAAACGAUCACGAAUUAUAUACACCACAAGUGGGUGCGAGCUGAAUGAGCAGCUGGCAGCCCAUCCAUCCAGACACUAAGAAACAAUCCAAUGUACCUUGCAAUGUUGCCCACAAACCGAGAAGCGAACUCAGACAUAUGUAUGUGCGUUUCAUCCACCUGCUCCUAAACCCCCCACAAAUCCAUCGUUUUUAUUAUUGAUUAUUGGCCAAGCGAGAAGCGAGAGCAUUGCACAUUUCGCAAUAUUUUGUAGAACUCUAAAUGCUACUUACCAGUGCGUAACACCUAUAGUGAAUUGUUGUUUUGAUAAACAUAUUUAUACGAUACGAACUAAAACUAAUCAUAACAGCUACGAUUACGAUAGAGAUUAAGCCAGAAACAAAACAAAUUGUGUUGUGUGCCCGGGAUAAAAAAGAAAAUAUGAAAAAUAACAAAUAAAUCAAAUGGGUUUAACUCCAUUAAUGUGAACGGUGA